UUGAAUCCUUUUCGGCAGACGAAAAUCACGAUAUGUAUAGAAACACCGUAUUGGCCACCGAUCGGUCAAAAACGACCAACGCUAGAGUGCCCUACAACGUCAAAAUACUAACCGUGAAUCCAAACGGAUCUUCCGCGGACAAGAUUGCUACCAAACCGAAAUAUAUCGCCAACACUGACACGAUUACGAUAUCAAAGCCAUCGGCUAUCGGACUGAUAAAAAACAAACGAAACGGUAUUACCGAUUGUGACUUUACGUUUACAAAAAUGAAACGGCUUUCGUGGGUCACCCCAUAUUCUUGCAUGUCCAAUAAACGAAAGCUCACUACGAAUACCGAAUACUAUGCGACAAAAAAAAUGAAGCAGACGACUGACGACGACAUCGAUAAACCCAACGGAUUGGUCUUGAAAGUCUGGAAGCUCAACGAGACAUCAACGUUUUCCCUCGAUACGAAAACAUCGCCUCGAGUAUACAGUUCGAAUAACGCGAGCACAACAACUGAAUCAAUCGACAUAGACUCGGCCGAGAGCGAUAACGAUGGUCCUUCCUUAUACGGUAAAAAAGACAAGUCCAUUAACUAGACUUAAAUAAACGCCCGUUGCGCUGCGUUACAGUGUCGGUGUGAUCGGGCUCUACGGGGCUACGAAACGUCGUCACGAACGCAGUUUCCCUAGCUCGGGGAAUCGGGCGCGUCCUCAGGUUGCGGAUAGAGGAACGGCCUGCAGAUAUGCAGGUUAGCCGCGAAAUAAGCAGUCCAUUAAUUUGGACUGACGAAUAAGCGGUCGCUGACAGCGAGCCGCCCAAACGCUUGUUAAUCCUGUAGAUAUACAGGAUAGCCGUGAAAUAAGCCUUUAUAAGGACGAAUAAGCGGUAGCGUUUGGGUGCGAACGGAGUUAAACGGCAACGCAACCAGUGAAGUUAGCCGCUCACUGGCCGGAGGGACUGGCUAUGAGGGCAGCCCCCUCAAAUCAUAUCACAUUUAUGAAAAUGGAAUCGAAAGGAGUAAAUGUUACUGCAUCAGGGGAUUCGGAUGCCCCAGUGCCGGCGGUUGGUGGGGGGCGUACCCACCAGGUGUCGUCAUCAAUCGAAUACGCACCAAAUGCAGGAGUGUUGAGGCAGGCUCCUGCAGCCAACCACGGGGUUGGUACUGCAACUGCAGGGAGUGGUGGUGACCAAGCCACUCCCACCGGUGAAAUAGCCGGGAGGUCAUUGGCAACGGUAUGUUUGGAUUCUGGUACGAUAUUGACGACGGCCAACUCCCUAGAUGCGUCUCCUAAAAUCUCUAUAUUGGAGAGAUUGCGGUGCGCAUCUAAGGGUGGUUCGACAAGGGUGGGACAAGGGUGGGUCACCCCAUAUUCUUGCAUGUCCAAUAAACGAAAGCUCACUACGAAUACCGAAUACUAUGCGACAAAAAAAAUGAAGCAGACGACUGACGACGACAUCGAUAAACCCAACGGAUUGGUCUUGAAAGUCUGGAAGCUCAACGAGACACCAACGUUUUCCCUCGAUACGAAAACAUCGCCUCGAGUAUACAGUUCGAAUAACGCGAGCACAACAACUGAAUCAAUCGACAUAGACUCGGCCGAGAGCGAUAACGAUGGUCCUUCCUUAUACGACGUGCCGCCGCGAGAUUUGAACGAGAAAAAGAAGAACCCGCCCUCGUACGAUUCAUUUCUCACUGCGACGACGUGGUACAGCGGCGACACAAUCAACGCGUAUUUAAGUCUGAUUGCAUCGCGUUCGCAAGGCAAAGUGCACUACCUGAACACCGAUUUUAUGGAGGCGCUUUCCCGACGCGGAUACGCUGGCGUGAAAAGAUGGAUCAAAAUCGAUAUACACUCUUUAAAACUCCUGUUGGUGCCCAUGCACGUGAACGGCAACCAUUGGACCAUGACUGUAGUCGAUGUACCCGAAAAGACAAUAACGUUUUUCGACAGUCUCAACUCCUACAAUGGCCCUUACCCGUCGUUAUUUAGACAAUUUCUAAUCGAAUGGGAGAUCGAAAACUACGGAUAUUCUUCCCAAUGGACUUUACGGUACGGAAAAGCUGUGCAACAACGCAACGGUUAUGAUUGCGGACCGUUAUCUUUGGAGUUGGCCGAGAAGAUGUCCAGAGACGACGGCACGCCGAUCAACCCGCUCGCAAUGCCUUAUGUCCGGUUGAGGCAUAAGUACGAACUAGAAGCCGGCACAUUAUUCCAAUUUUGA